CUUCAUCAUUACAGCGCUCAAACUCCCUCCCUCUGACAUCAUCAUAACACGGAAGCAGUGGGAGCCAGUGGGGAGCAGGAGAAGUGCAGGGACACGGAGAGGACAAAAACCUCCAUACAGAGAGACAGACAGGUGGACAGGGACAGACGGACAGGUGUUUGCAGGUAGAAUAGGACGCUGACACAGAACAUCAUGGCGCUGAUCCCCUCUCAGGUCCUCCGGGUCGCCAUUCUGCUGUCUUACUUCUCCAUCCUCUGCCACUACAAAGCCUUGGACAUGCCGGCUCACCAGACCUACGGAGGCAGCUGGAAGUUCCUCACCUUCAUCGACCUGGUGAUCCAGGCGGUGUUUUUUGGAUUGUGCGUCCUGAUCGAUGUGUCCAGUCUGCUGACUAAAGGAGCCGACAGCAGGGAGCAGGAGCGGCAGCUGAAGAAGCUGAUUGGCCUGAGGGACUGGAUGAUGGCUGUGCUGGCGUUCCCUGUUGGAGCGUUUGUUGUGUUCACAUUCUGGACUCUCUACCUCUACGACAGAGAACUAGUCUACCCAAAGCUACUGGAUAACUUCAUUCCUCAGUGGCUCAACCAUGGCAUGCACACCACCGUUCUUCCCUUCAUCAUCAUCGAGAUGCGGACCACCCACCACAAUUAUCCCAGAAGGUCCUGGGGUCUGGCGGCGGUGUGCAGCUUCGGUGUUGGAUACAUUCUCUGGACGUGUUGGGUGCACCAGGUGACAGGUGUGUGGGUGUACCCGGUGCUGGAACGCAUCACACCGCUCACUCAGGUCGCCUUCUUCAGCGUCAUGACGGCAGUGAUCUGUGUCAUGUACGUUCUGGGAGAGAUCCUGAACAGCUACAUCUGGGACCAAACACACACAGAAAAGGUCAAAGGUGAGUGAUCUCCUCUGCAUCCAUCCCAGCUUUGGAGAACAAUGCCACCGGAUUAACCUGAAGCUAAGGACAAAGUGACCUUGCUGAAGAAGAGGAAAGACCUUUUUGAAGUGAAGAACAGGAGAACAUGUAACAAUAAUUGAAACUUUUCAACUGGGAUGACAAUGAAGUCCUCUGUUGUUGUUUUUCUUUGUGUUGUAUUUUGCUCUGAAUGUUUAGUUGCAGGAAGCCAAGCUGUAUUUAUUCUGAGAAAAACCCAAACAGCUUCUCAUCACAGGAACAACUGAACGUCCAUCUCAUCCUUCGCACUACAAGUCUGAAGGAAACUUGUUUUAAGCUGAAAAUAAAGCUUGAACAUAUUUA